AAUGGUGUUCGGCAAUACACUUUUACUAUUGUAUUUUUCUUAAUAAGCAAAAUCUUAUCUGAUGUCUGUAAUAGAACUUGUAUAAUAUGAGUAUGUUUUUUGUAUUUAUUAGACAUGUGGUAUACUACAAUUCUGUUUUCUCCACACAACAAAAUAUCUCUUCUUUGUUUCUAUGAUGGCAAACAGUAUUUGGGUAUCAUCAACUGAGAAGUUUCUCAUUGAAGCUCUUCUGAAGCGUGUUCGGCAGGGUGAGCGUGCUGAGAAUGGAUUUAAAAAAGCAGUAUGGGCACAGGUUGUAGCCGAGCUCAAUGCCAAAUUCAAAGAGGUGCUGCCUAAGCCGAUUACAGUUAUGCAAGCAAAGAAUAAAGAAGUUAUUGUAAGUGAAUUGAUCCAAUUAAAUGCAAUCUUUGUAGUAGUUUAUAAAUAAUUAAGGUAAAGUAUAUUGGCUAAUUAUUCAAUUGAAUUUUGAUUAGCUUAAGUGUGAGUUUGAAAUUGUUCGAAAGAUAAGAUCAAACUCAGGAUUCGGUUGGGAUGAGUUUAAGGGUAUUCCCACAGUGCCAGCAUUAGUUUGGCAAGAGUAUACAGCUGUAAGUACUAUUUUCUAUGAUAAAAGCUAAGUAAUAAACAUUUAUAUGAGUUCAAGCUAAUAGGAGAUUAAUAAAAUAUAUAUAUAGGUCCAUAAAGAAGCUGGAAAGUAUCGCCAUAAGGGAUUGCCCCACUAUGAGCUUCUCGAAGAGUUGUUUUCUGGUGUGGCAGCUUCAGGAAGAUUUGCAAGAACUGGGGAGAUUGAAUCUGCGGCAGAGAGGGAUCAGGUAGUAUUGGAAAUAGAGUUGGGCACAGGAGAAUUGGGGGCCCGGGGUUUAGAGCAAGAUGGAGAAGUGACUGGUAGCCAGCCUGAGCAUGAACUAGAAAUUAUU